AUGGCUAUGCCGUGGAUAAUCUUGGUAGCCUCACUGAUCACACAGGUCGGAGGACAUACCCUGAUGCAGCAACCAAUUCCUUUCCCCAGCCAGCUCCAAGAUAACGGUCCGAUGAACAAAGAUGGUUCGAACUGGCCAUGCAACGGAGAGAAAGACUUUGCCCCAAAUGGCAUCAUGAACAUAUGGGAGCGAGGCUCAGUGCAGCACUUACAGGCAAUGGGAGGCGCGACACAUGGAGGCGGGUCCUGCCAGAUCUCCGUGACCUACGACCUCAAGCCAACAGUCAGGUCCGCUUGGAGAGUAAUCCAUUCGAUCCAAGGGGGCUGUCCCAUCCGCAACUUGACCGAGACCAACUACGGCGAUAGCGCCACCACACUCCUGCCUGACAUCUAUAACUUCACCAUUCCGGACUGGCUGCCGCUCGGCAGGGCCGUGAUGGCCUGGACGUGGUAUGGCCGUUGGUCGGUGCCCGAGAUGUUCAUGAAUUGCGCGCCCAUCAUGGUCCUCGGCGGAAGGGCGCUGGACACGCCGCACACCCUUGAUAUCAGUAGGGACGACAGCGUGUUGGCGGCCAAGUGGAACCAGGCCCCGCUCAUGUUCGAAGCCAACAACGGCAACGGCUGCUGGACUGCGAACAAAGGCAGCUGCGUUGAGUUCCCUGAACCGGGGGAGUCGCUUGAGGUCAACCACGAGUGCCCAAUCGAUCGUGAACUGCUCCAAAAUCCAAUACCUUUCUCGGACUUCUUUGUUGUCGAGGAGCAGGACUGCAUGCUAGAGGUGUUCGUUGACCAAGAAAAGAGCCGUCCCUUGCCCGUAUACUACGGGCACGGGCAGUACCACAUGUUUGCGGUUCUCGACAUGCACAGGCUGACAUCAAUGAGCACAUUAAACGUGGACCUCUCGCUGCACUAG